CCCCGCCGGAGCUAUUAGUCGGGCGCACCGGGGCACGUUUGUUGUUGAUGUGAAGGCUACACGCUGUUUCCUUUGUAUCUCUUACAGCUUAAACAACGCAUAACGCUCGUAUUUAAACAGCACAACCAUGGUGGGGAAGAUGAAACAUGUGCGGCCGAGGCUGCACCAGGAGGCGGUGAAGCUUGACAGGCCGCCGGGCUUCGGUUUGUCGCAAUCUGCGGAGAAACCACCGAGAACUGCGUCCGACGGUCCUGGUGCCCCCGUUCUGCGCAUGCGCACAUCCAGUUUCGCUCCUCAGCCUGAAAUAAAGCCUAAGAGCAUCCUAAAGGUACCCACUGCCUUCCCCAAUUCUAUAUUUGCGGGCACCAAAAUCACCCCGGAGGCCCUGGUACAAACCCUGAAGUUUGAAGAACCCUCCGAUCUCCACAUGCAUAUCAAAAAAGGCCAGGAGGAGAGGAAGAUGAAGCCUAAGAAGGAGAAGAUGAAGGAAAGGAGAGACCGAUGGCUCAACAAGAUCAGCUCCAUCAAGCUGGCCCGGGAGCAGCAGGCAGCGUUGGCACGGCGACAGGCCACCCCCGUCGUGGGGGACAUGAAGGCUCUGGCCGACGCCCUCCCGGAACUCUCGGAGCUGAUUGGCCCCGCCUGCGCCGCCUCUGACUCCGCCCGACGCAACCGCAACCGCAAGAACAGAGUGCCUGUCAAGAAAAAGCAGGAGCCCACAGACUUCACUCUGAUGAAGCAGUCGCAGAAACGCAAACUCCUGGAGUCUGAGAUGAGUCGGUUCGGGGAGGCGAUCCGCUCCCUGGCCUCCCGCUCCAACCCCCUCGCUGACAUCGGAGAGCAGCUGAGGAAGAGGAUGAGGCAGCAGGAGGAAGGCCAACCGGGACCCUUAUAGGACGCCCCCCCCCGGGGGUGUGGACCGGGGCAAGACUGUCUAGCCCCCCCCAUAGACUUGAAACAAGGAACAAACACACACAGGCCUCAGAAACAGGCUGACGCAGACACACGCACGCGAGCGACCGCACACACACAUAGUUCUGUCCAACCCAUCCCCCUUUCAUAGAAUCAAAGUGAGGAUCAAACACACACACACACACACACACGGUCCUACGUUCGCACACACUUCGGACACUGGCCAAACUACACACAUGGUAACCCACACACACACACACUCCUCCAUGUUUCUGGCGUUCGAUGGGGAUUCGAAUCCCAGAACCGGAAGUUUGCGACGCUCCCGGACGACAAAUUCUCAGAUGUUUAUUAAAGUACAUUCCGAUAUUUUUAACAUUAAGCCCCCUUUCUGGUUUGUCUAGGAUGAAAUAGAGUAGUUAACACCGAAAUUUUGAAUAUCGGUCCUGUCUCGAGUGAUCAUUUCGAAUCGCCCCUGCCUGCUUCACAAUGGCUGGCUAUGGGCAUUCAAAAACACCCCUAAAUGUUUGUUUUCAGAAAUGUGAAACUCAUCAAGUCGUAGUGGUGUUUGUUGAUGUUCCUUAUCAAGUAUCGUAGUGAAAUACAGUUUCUGUCGUGUUUUAUUUGGCAUUUUGAAAAUGAAACGGAAACUGGACCGGAACCGGAAAAACAACAAACGGAAGUUUAGGUUGGUUUUAGUCUUUUCGUUUGGUUCUCCGUAUCAACAGUAAGGCUAGAACUGAGCGAAAAGACUACAAGCAACCUCCUUUCCGUUUCCGGUCCGGUUUCCGUUUCAUUUACAAAAUGCAGAUUUACAAAAUGCCAAAUAAAACAAGAGAAACGUAUUUCGAUGUAUUUCGCUACGAUACUUGAUUAGGAACAUCAACGAACACCACUAACAACUCGAUGAGUUUCACAUUUCUGAAAACGAAUAUUUAGGGAUGUUUUUGAAUGCCCAUAGCCAGCCAUUGUGAAGCAGGCAGGGGCAAUUCGAAAUUAGUGAAAUACUCGAAACAGGACCAAUAUUCAAAAUGUUGGUGUUAACCACUCUGUUUCAUCCUAGACAAACCAAAAAGGGAGCUCAAUGUUCAAAAUACCGGAAUUGUCCUUUUAAGUGUGUUAUGGAUGAUGGGGGAGCGGGGGGCGGGCGGGUGAAAUAAACCGCUCCAUUGGAUCAAACGAAGACAUUUCCUGCUGGUUGUGGCACUGUUGGCACUGGUGUUACUGGUGCCACUGGUGUUACUGGUGGCACUGGUGUUAUCUGUGUUACUGGUUGGUGCACCUGAGUACCAUUUGGUGGCAAUCUAUAAAGAGUGGUCACAGCCCCUUUUUUUGGCCAUUUUGUCGGGGUGUUUGCAUGUCCUAUGACGCGUUCACCACUCUUCUGUUUUCAUUUGUUUGGAAAGAUUGUUUCACUUGAAAUAAAUUGUGAAAUGUUUUUAUGGCAAAGGCGGUGGGUUUCUGUCUUUACCGCAAGCGCAUUGACGACUGUACUCAAGAUGCGACUCUAGAACUCCUCUCCCUCCUCCCUCUCCUUCUCCACCUCCUCCUCCUCUACCUCUUACUCCUUCUACUCCUUCUCAAAGAGCUCUACAUAAUAACAGGCGGCUCCGGUAAUAUACUCCAGUUCCGAGUUUUGUGUUCUGGUGAUCAGUUUUGCAGAAUAGUGAUCAGUGAUCAGUUUUGCAAUAAUACGUUUUUCUCAAGCUCUCGACUAGCGACUAGUGCUGGGGUAAAAUUCCAUGGAAACUUUGCACAAAUUACAAAACCACACGUUUUAAAGUUGUACGGUUGUUUGAAAUACCCGGAACAUUCAAAGAGUGUUUGGGGUAUAAUUUUCUGUAUUUUAAUUAUGAUUAUCGUUCCAAUGUUUUUUUUGUAUUUUUCUUUUUAGUUAUCCACUCUACAGCACAUUGGUCAGUUUAUGCUGCGUGUAAAUGUGCUUUAUAAAUUAAACUACUGACUAAUUUCAACUACUUAAAAUAAUUACUUAAUGAAUUAAAUCGACUUACUUUCAUUGCAAUGUGAUGGUUCAGCGCAAAAAAAAACUAAUCAAUAGCAGCUACGGUGUUAGCGCGGCGCCAUUAGCGCUCAUCAAUAAUGCAGCCUCCCCCAACGCAUCCAAGUGUCGAAUUAAAAGAAACCGGAGAUCAGUGUACGCAACUAUAAAUACUUUGACGCGAGUGCUGCUUGUUAUAUUAUCGAACCCUUUCACUUUUUUUUUACCCUUCCCGUAACUCAGCGGUUUGCCCUUCGAUGAGCGACGGAAUCCAUGAAUUGUCCUGACAAAAGUCGAGCUAUUUCGUUAAUGUUACUGGGGGAAUUUAUAGAAAAGAUAUUCUUUUUCACAUCGGACGCAUUCCGUUGUUGGUUAUUUGCGACUUUAUUACAAUUGAAAGUUCUAAUAUUUGUCCCUUUGAAUAAAACUAUAGAACUCGUUUUUUUGUACUUGUUUUUUAUUGUAGAAUAUCAUUUGUAUUUUAUUUCGAGAUUCACUCAAAAGACACCUCCGGAACAGCGCAAUCUGUGGUUAAACGAGGGUAUUGUGCUUGAUCCGUUAAGAAUGUGGGAAAUUUUACAAGGUUAAGUCACUUUAAUAUUUGGUUACCCAGCGUUGGCACAGUUACCUUGAAAAAGUAAUCAGAUUACUGAUUACUGGUUAUUCCUUAAAAUAGUAACUUAGUUACUUUACUGAUUACUUGGUUUUAAAGUAACUAAGGGUGCACUUAAGGGUGCACUUACAGUCGCGUGGCCGUUGGCCGUCGCGACUGUGGCCUGGCCACGGUAGGCUCUUGUACAUACGUCAUCAUGUCGUAACACGUCAUCACCAAGCGUCCGCUGCAUGGACCAUAAUAAAGUUAUUGAUUCGUGGAUUCUCCCAAAUACAUCGGAAUUCUUGUGGGUCUUCUCCAACUGUGCCUGAAUAGCAUCGUCUGCCCAAAUAGCUAACAGACACUCGACUUCUCUAUGGGACCAACGUGAACCAACAGUUGAACCGCUUCACGCCAUGUUUACCAUUUAAUGGGAAAGAAGGCUUGUCGCCUUUAUUAUGUCCAUGGUCGUCGCAUGGACUAUACGUCAUCCAGCUCAGGUUGCGUAGCCGUGGGUGUGUCGGCUCAUUAGCAUCUGUACCGCGGCGGCCCGUACCGUAGCAGUACACCUCCGAAGUGGCCAAGUUGGUCUGGCCUGGCCAGAGUGGCUACACUCACACUGGCAGUUUUGAGCACGGUUGGGUGUGAAAACGGCCACGGCCACGGCCAGAUGGCCUAGUGUGAGUGCACCCUAAGUUAGAUUACAAGUUACUUUAUUAGUUACAAUUAGCUGCAACAACACCCCCUGCCGUCUCAAAAUAAAAAAUUACAACCGGUUUUGCCAAUACAUUUACAUUUAGGGCAUUUACAAUAAGUACAUUGGUCAUAAAAAGUGCAACAAUAUAUCGCUGUCGGUACAGUAAGGAUGUUCACAGAAUCAAGUGCAAGUACAACAAUCGCUAGGCUAACCAAUUCCCUGUGUUACAGCAAUGAUAGCAGCUACUGCAGUUGCUACACAAUAAAGUACUAUAAUACAAUACAAUGUACAAUGGUGGCCAGAAGGGGGAGGGUGGCUAUGCAGAGUCGAGGUGGACUCUGAACAGGUGAGUCUUGAGUCUUUUUCGGAAGAUAGUGAGCGACUGCGGUCCUGAGAACGGCAGGGAGCUCGUUCCACCACUGAGGUCCCAAAACCGAGAAAAGUUGUGACUUUGCUGAUCAACCUUUGCUAGCUCUUAGCGAUGGCGGUACCAGAGGUCCAGCUGAGGUAGUUGAACGGAAGGAUCGAGCUGGGGUGUGUGGCUUUACCAAUGCUUGGAGGUAGGCAGGGGCAGUUUCAUCGACUGCCUUAUAUGCCAGUACAUCGUCUUAAAUUUGAUGCGAGCUACUACAGGGAGCCAGUGGAGGUCCCGGAAGAGGGGGGUCACAUGGGAGAACUUCGGUAGGUUGAACACGAGGCGCGCUGCCGCAUUCUGGAUGCGCUGCAAGGGUUUAAUCGCAGAGGCAGGAAGUCCAGC